AUGGCUAUCGCGGCAGGAAUUCAUGACGUUCGUGUCGUUUAUGGAUAUUUACGAGCACCAAAGGAUUCUAUUGAUACUGCAAGUAUGAACCCAAACAAGAAUGACAAUGAUGAUGAUGUGACAUUGGUACAGAAUCAUGCCUGGUGUUGUGUUAAGGUCGAAGGCGAAUAUCGAUUUGUAGAUUGCUGGCUAGCAUCCCCUUUCCAACCUCAAAACAAGAACAUGAUGGAAUCUCAUUGGUUUUUGACCAAGCCAAGUGAUAUGAUAUAUACACAUUUUCCGCAAGAGCCCGAAGAUCAAUGUUUGGAACCUGUUAUCCAUGUGUCUACCUUUUUUGCUUUGCCUUAUGUGUGGGCUCCCUUCUUCUCACAUCAUUUGAAAAUGAUUCGAUAUGAUCCUGCUAUGCUUACCCUUAUGGAUGAUCAAGUAUGUCAUCUCACCUUCCGUGUAGAUCCUCAAGUCAUAUGUUUUGCCUUUGUGGAGACGAGUGAAGAAGAAGAACAACAAAAAUCAAUAACCAUCCGAUGCCUCGCUCAAUGUCGCAUGAUACCAGGGGAAAAUGGUGAAUUGGAACGUGUUUAUAAAAUCAAGGCAGUACUUCCUCCAGGUCAUAAUCAAGGAUGGCUCAAGAUUUAUGCUGUUAUAUCAGAAUCACUUCCACCUUUAGCUCUUUGUUUUCCAUUGACAGCAAAACAAACACAACCUCAGUUAGACCGAUCUUUUGAAUUUGUUCAACUACAUCCAUGUCGGUAUGAAUUCUAUAUCCAGGAACCUCAAUGCUAUUCACUUUAUCCUUUACAAACUUACAACUUUUUAGUACGUGGUGCUGCUGAUGAUCUGCAUCACAAGUUGGCAAUCCGAAGUCCUAGUGGCAAGUUAUAUAAGCUCAUGUAUUAUCCACAAGAACGUAGUUAUGAUGGAAGUGUCAAGAUCGUUGAAACCGGGAAAUGGUGUUUGAUUUGUUUAUUACAUCAUGCAAGUGGUUGGUACGUGGUUGCAACAUGGGAAUGUCAUGGGUAG